AUGGAAAAUUGGUUAUUUGUCUGUGCAAUUUUUCUGCUGAGGAUUGGCGAGUUUUGUGACGCUUCAUCCCGGAUCCUGAUGUUGGCUCCUGUGGCCACCUCGAGUCAUCUCACUGUUUUUCGCACACUCGGACAAGGUUUGGCAAAACGUGGACACCACGUCAGAAUUCUGCACACCCUCGAAACAACAACUUUGGAACAAGGCCUCUUUGGGCCUGGUACUGGCAAAACAAACACGAGCUCUGGCCAAGAAUGGCUUUCAGACUCAAUCAAUGGAACCUACGUCGAAAUCUCUCCAUCCGGGAUUGCGAAUCUUUUCGGCAAAUACUUCGACAAUCCUUUCCAGUUCCAGCGAGAAGCGCGGAAUGGCAAGGGGACGAUGAGAAUGAAAAAGAUGUAUGGCAUUUUGCGAGACUCGUGCGCUGAUGUUUACGGGGAUCCAGAUUUCCUCGACACAGUGAUGCGCAAAAAAUUUGACCUGGUUAUUGUUCAGGGGAUUUUAAACGACUGUGUCCUCGGGGCAGUGGAUAAGAUGGGCGUGCCUUUCAUGUACCUCAGCCCUGGGCCACUGUUCCCAUCUGUGCAAUGGUCCCUGGGUACGCCGUGGUCAGUGAGCUCAGCACCAGCUCCCUUUGUGCAGGGCUUCGGCGUGCCAAAAACGAUGCUGAAUCGCCUCAGGAACCUGAUGGCCUCUGCUGCUGAAACAUUCAUGAGCAACAAACUCGGCGCUUGGGCCACGGAACCCGUCGUGAAUUCCGCGUUCGGAGAUUCGGCCCGAAUGUUUGACCUGGCAGCGGUCAAACGAAACGUGUCCUUCGUGCUGGUCAACCAACUCGCGGCAUUCGAUUACACACGCCCUCAGGCCUCCAACUCGGCACUCGUAGGAGGCAUGCAUUGUCGACCAGCUGGCAACAUUGAGGAAAAGGAAUUGUUGACAUUUUUGGACAAUGCGGAAAAUGGCGUGGCUUACUUCAGCCUCGGUUCCACUGCAUUGAGCACUGACAUGCCAAGGGAACUUCGUCAAGUUUUCAUAAAAACAUUUGCCAAGCUUCAAAUGAAAGUUGUGUGGAAGUUGGAGACUAGUCGCAUGACCCCAGAAGAAAUCGCCACAAUUCCACCAAAUGUUUUCGUGUCUCCUUGGCUGCCACAGCAGGACCUUCUUGGACACAAGAAUGUGAAGGUAUUCUUGACUCACGGUGGGAUUCUGAGCGUUCAAGAAGCAACGUAUCACGGGGUUCCCAUGAUCGGAAUCCCAAUUGGAUCUGAUCAAGAUAUGAAUUUGCAAAGAGCGACAUCUGAUGGAAGAGCGAUUGUUCUCGACUUUGAUACACUCACGCCCAAGGAAAUCAUUUCUGCUAUUCGACGAGUCAUCUCCGAAAAAAGUUUCAGGGAGAAUGCUGUUGCAGGAUUGCAUUUGAUGCGAGACCAACCAAUACAUCCAUUGAACCGUGCAAUUUUCUGGACUGAAUACGUAAUCAGACACAACGGUGCAAAACAUCUGCGCAACGAAGGAGCCUCAUUACCCUGGAUUCCAUAUCUCAACUUGGACUUGUACGCUAUGAUGUUGAUAAUGAUUUUGGUCAUUUCCUGGUGCUUUAGUAGAGUAGUUAGAUGGGGUUUUAAGAAAUUGAAAGUGGCUAUGGCUCCCAAGCACUCGAUUUCUUGAGCGGUGAUUUCCGGAUCUCAAUUUUUGAUAUGAU